AUGAUCAUUCCCAAGUCCCUACGUGUGCUAUUACGCAUCAUCUUACGGCUUGAUAUAGGACGCAGUCUAUGGCUUGAGAAACGCUCAAUGAGUGUGCGAGAUUUGAACGGCGAGGAGUUCGACUUCUCCAACAAGGAUUCUGUCACCAGGUGGACAUCGCAAAUUUUGGCCGAGCUGGACUCGCUGCCGUCCAGUUGUGUCAAUUUGACUGAAACGGAGAAAGUCGAUGGCCCCCCACUGUUCUUUCGGAAAGUCGAUCGGAAUGUUGUGAAGGACUCUUAUGUGAACGACAAUCGAAAGUUCUCUACGGAUUCCUCAUGGGAGUCUUUGAAAUUCAUGGGAGACCCUGCAGACAACACGCUCGCCAUCGAAACCGCCUCCAGUUCCCUACAUCGUCAAUCGAUGUACGAAGCACGUGGAUUAAACGAUAAACUAUCAGCCAGUGGAGAUCUGAUGACAUCAUCGGUAAUUGAGCCGAUGACGACGGCGUUCGGUUCGGCAAAGGUGGACUUGGUAGCAUUUCAAAGCUGCCUGAAGACGGCCUUACUACACCAAUCGAUAACGUGA